AUGACUGAUGUGCAUUGCUGCUAUGUUCUCUCGCUUGUAUUGGGUGCUUACGACCGGUGUUCCCCUGCAGUUCUUUUGCACCGACUGCUAGUGGUACUAACCUGCCUCUUAGGUCUCAACCGAGCAGCCCGCGAGAAUCUCGCAGGGAUCGGGAGUACCAUUUUUCUCGCCACUGUGUCCGGAGAUCUGCUACUGUUAUGGGCCUAUGCGGGCUGUGAUACGGCGAUCGAUCCAAGACCGUAG